CUCUCACACGAGCUCUCGUCUCUGCGCGAGGACGCACAGCACAGUACAGCACGAGCACAGUACAGCACGAGCACGGCAACGCAAAUGGUUUAUCUUCACGGUUUCUCCCGUCGCUUCGCGCUGAAUGAAAGUGCACUUGUUUAGGCGAAACCAGUCGUGCUCGCGGUUGUGGUUGUCGGUGUCUCCGGGACGCGUCAUGCCGUCUCGCAGUCUGUGGAGUUGUGGCGGCGCUCGGCUCGUGGCGUGGACGUGGGUUUGGAGUGUGGCGUUGCUGGGAGCGCGGAGCAUCCCCGCGAAUGAAGUGAACCUGUUGGAUUCUCGCGCUGUGAUGGUCGACCUAGGAUGGGUGGCGUACCCAAAGAAUGGGUGGGAGGAGAUCGGCGAGGUCGACGAGAACUACGCCCCCAUCCACACCUACCAAGUGUGCCGCGUCAUGGAGCAGAACCAGAACAACUGGCUCCACACCAACUGGAUCCUGACCGAGGGAGCGCAGCGGGUCUUCAUCGAGCUCAAGUUCACCCUCAGAGACUGCAACAGCCUGCCGGGCGGGGUGGGAACCUGCAAGGAGACGUUCAACAUGUAUUACUACGAAACGGACGGGGGCGAGGACGAGAUAGAGGAGGGCGAGAUGAGAGACGGGCCGGGCAUGACCGAGGAGGAGGAACGGGCGAUGAAGGAGAGCCGAUACAUCAAAAUUGACACCAUCGCGGCCGACGAGAGCUUCACGGAGCUCGACCUGGGGGACCGCGUCAUGAAGCUCAACACGGAAGUCCGCGAUUUAGGCCCUUUGACGCGGAAAGGCUUCUACCUGGCGUUUCAGGAUUUGGGAGCCUGCAUUGCCUUGGUCUCUGUGCGGGUUUUCUACAAACGCUGCCCCUUUUUUGUGAAGAGUCUGGCCGAGUUCCCCGACACCAUCCCAGGCUCGGAGGCCUCGCAGCUGGUGGAGGUGGUCGGCCACUGCGUCAAUAACUCCCUGCCUUUGUAUGAGCCUCCCAGGAUGCACUGCAGCACAGAGGGCGAGUGGCUGGUGCCGAUCGGGAAGUGCGUCUGCCAGCCGGGGUUUGAGGAAAUCAGCGGAUUCUGUCAAGUGUGCAGCGUGGGGUUUUACCGCUCGCUGCUGGAGUCCCUGUCCUGCAGUAAAUGUCCGCCUCACAGCGUGGCGAGGCUGACGGGCGCCACCUCCUGCACCUGUGAGGACAGCUACUACAAGAUCGACUCCGACCCGUCCAACAUGGCCUGCACACGCCCGCCCUCCGCGCCACGCAACGCCAUCUCCAACGUGAACGAGACCAGCGUCUUCCUGGAGUGGUCCGUCCCCACGGAAACGGGCGGCAGGAAGGACGUGCGCUACAACAUCCUCUGCCGGCAGGUGCUGCCGGAGGGGCGGGGCCUGGAGGAGUGCGGCCCCAACGUGCGGUUCCUGCCGCGCCGCGUGGGCCUGUCCAACACGUCGGUGAUGGUGGCCGACCUGCAGUCGCACACCAACUACAGCUUCCUGCUGGAGGCCGUCAACGGCGUGUCGGAGCUGGCCAGAGAGCACGCCAAGCAGUACGUGUCGCUCAACGUGACGACCAAUCAGGCAGCUCCGUCCCCAGUGAGCGUGGUGAGGAAAGGUCACACAGAGAAGAGCAGCAUUGCCCUUUCAUGGGCUGAGCCCGAUCGUCCCAACGGCAUCAUCCUGGAGUACGAGAUCAAGUACUUUGAAAAGGAGCAGGACUCAAGCUACACGAUAAUAAAGUCAAAGGAGACCGAGAUGGUGGUGGAAGGCCUGAAGCCCUCUUCAGUCUACAUCUUCCAGGUGCGAGCCAGGACCUCGGCAGGUUAUGGCGCAUUCAGUCGGCGAUUUGAAUUCCAGACCAGCCCUUACUUAACUGCCACCAGUGAACGAGCUCAGGCCUCCAUAGUGGCGGUGGCCGUCACCCUGGCUCUGGUCCUGCUGGCAGUGGUGGCUGGAUUCUUACUGAGCGGGCGGCGGUGUGGCUACAGCAAAGCCAAGCAGGAUCCUGAAGAGGAGAAGAUGCAUUUCCACAACGGCCACAUAAAGUUCCCCGGCGUGCGCACCUACAUUGACCCGCUCACUUACGAAGAUCCCAACCAGGCGGUGCACGAGUUUGCCCAGGAGAUCGACGUCUCCUUCAUCUCCAUAGAGAGGAUCAUCGGAGCUGGGGAGUUUGGAGAAGUGUGCAGUGGACCGCUGAGGCUGCCUGGGAAAAGAGAGAUCCAGGUUGCCAUUAAGACGUUGAAAGCGGGCUACACCGAGCAGCAGAGGCGCGACUUCCUGUGGGAGGCGUCGAUCAUGGGCCAGUUCAACCAUCCCAACAUAAUCCGUCUGGAGGGCGUGGUCACCAAGAGCAAACCGGUGAUGAUCAUCACUGAAUAUAUGGAGAAUGGAUCUCUGGACACGUUUCUCAAGAAAAACGACGGUCAGUUCACGGUCAUCCAGCUGGUCGGCAUGCUGCGCGGUAUCGCAUCCGGAAUGAGGUACCUGUCCGACAUGGGCUACGUCCACCGCGACCUCGCGGCUCGUAACAUCCUGGUGAACAGUAACCUGGUGUGUAAAGUGUCCGAUUUUGGCCUGUCCCGAGUUCUGGAGGACGACCCGGAGGCUGUGUACACCACACGGGGCGGGAAGAUUCCUAUACGCUGGACGGCUCCGGAGGCGAUCGCGUACAGGAAGUUCACGUCGGCGAGCGACGUGUGGAGUUACGGGAUCGUCAUGUGGGAGGUGAUGUCGUACGGGGAGCGGCCCUACUGGGAGAUGUCCAAUCAGGAUGUAAUAAAAGCAAUAGAGGAGAGCUAUAGGUUGCCAGGUCCUAUGGACUGCCCCGAGGCUCUGUACCACCUAAUGAUGGACUGCUGGCAGCGCGAGCGCAGCAACCGCCCCAAGUUUGACGAGAUCGUGUGUCUACUCGACAAACUCAUUCGCAAUCCCAGCUCGUUAAAGAAGCUGGUCAACUCCUCGCACAGGGUUUCCAACUUGUUAGUGGAACACGCCAACGUACAAGGCGACUGCAACACCCUGAGCCAGACUGUCGGCGAGUGGCUCGACUCCAUCAAGAUGGGCCGCUACACGGAGCUCUUCAUGGAAGGAGGCUACUCUUCACUGGAGACGGUGGCUCAGAUGACUUCAGAGGAUUUGCGGAAAGUUGGCGUGAAUCUGGCCGGACAUCAGAAAAAAAUCAUCACUAGCAUCCAGGAGAUGAGAGUCCAAAUGAACAACACCAACUCGACUGUAAACAUGUGAUGCAUAUGUACAGGCAAAAACACACACACACACACACACACACACAUUCACAGACACACACAGUAUAUGGGCCUAGUAUGUGAAGAAAAGACUCGCUGUUGGACCUAGAGCAGCUUAGCACUUUUUAACGUGGACGUGGAAACCCAGUGUUAAUGGAUCUAAACGGAAGCAUCCGUGGAGUUUGCUUGUGGUGUCACUGGGGGAUGUUUCUGACAUUGCUGGGCUAAAACCAAACUGAACUGAACUGAGCGGCGCUGACACGAAGGGGAACUUUGAGAUUAAAAGUAAUGAACUGCAUUACACCUUGCGACGUGAAGACUUUUACAUCUACUUACUCUCAUUUUUUUUUUGUGAAUCUUGGGAUUUCUAAUAUCUUGUGCACUCUUUGGAUUAUCUCGGAUCCGGCAUGAAGCGCGGAGUGUAGAGUGUAGGCUCUGAGAGAGAGACUGUCUCACACUGCAUCACACACAUGAAGGCUCAAAGUCACAUGUUUUCAGCCUGUCUCAGGUGAUCAGAGCCCAACACACCUGAAGAGCACUGGCUUAUUCCCUGGCAUUCUAUAGACGUACACUUCCAUCAGGCAUUGUUCAAUUUAACACUGGUCCCAGGCAGUGUUCACAUGUAACAAUUGAUCAAAAGCAAAAUACUUCAUUGUUUCAAUUUGCUUUGCUCUGUUGAUGUGCUUUGGUCUUUUGUUUUCCUGUCACACUCAGGUCCCAAUGCCACAAAACUGUCGCUGUAAUCCAGCUUUUUAAGGUCUGCACAUGUUAUAUUCACCAACGCUCACAUCAUUAUCGUCCAUAAAGCAAUGCAAGACAAGAACACAUGGUACAACUUCCAUUGUUUAUAGGAGCUGAAAUUCAAAUCAAGGCUCCCGGCUCUGGCAUUCUUUAUUUCUUAUGUUCUGGCUGAAUGUAAAACACUAGACAUAACACGGUGUUCUGUCGCAGCAUCAAGAAUGUGGCAAUAGAACCAUUCUGGUCCUUCAAAUUAGUCUCUGAAUGAUGCCGCUGCUUGUACAAGAGUUUCUGGCUUUGCUUUCUCUAACAAUCUCUUCCCAAGACAUUGAUAUGUUCUCUCUGAUAAGUUCUUGCAAAUCCCCAUCAUUCACCAAGAUUCUCAAGGACCUUUCACCAGGUUCUUCCUGCAACAUUAGACAUCCAAACAUUCACAAAGGUACAUUUAAUAAGAUCCAGUGACUUUCUUUUUGCAUUCCAAUGGAAGCUUUGCUUAUGGAAAACUGUCCUGAUGGAACAUUUGCUGAUGUAAAGAUGGGACUGCGUCUCAGAUUAUCAUGGAAAGGAUCAACUAGAUUAUUCUGGAACUGCUCCGAAAGGAUCAGCCAGAUUCUUUUGGGACUGUUCAGGAAGGAUUGACCAGAUUUGUUUGGUACUGUCCAGAAAGGAUUGACCAGAUUAUCUUGGAACUGUUCAGAAAGGAUCAGCCAUAUUUUUUUGGAACUGCUCCGAAAGGAUUGACCAGAUUCUUUUGGGACUGUUGAGGAAGGAGCAGCCAAAAUCUCUCAGAACUGCUCGGAAAGGAUCAACUAGAUUCUUUGGAAUUGUUCAGAAAGGAUUGACCAGAUUCUCCUGGAACUGCUCAGAAAGGAUCAGCCAAAUUCUUUUGGGACUGACCAGAUUAUUUUGGAACUGCUCCGAAAGCAUCAUCCAGAUUAUUUUGGAACUGCGCCAAAAGGAUCCGCUACGUUCUACAGGGACUGUUCCAAUGAAUGAACCUUCACUGAGAUAAUGAAGGAAAACUUCCAACAACCUUCAGGUACCACAGAAGACGCUCAGCUGUCCGUUCAGUUCCCCCGUGUUGGCGUCGCAGAGACUGGCUGCCUCGACACAUCCGCCGCACCACAAUAAGCACUCUAACCUGAAAAAGGGACUGCUGGAAAAAAAAGGGAGGGCAAUAUGGAUCAACUUGAUAAUCAUUUAUUUAUUUAUACUUGUUUAAAGAAAUGAGCAAAAACUAUGUAGACGGUUUGUGUUCCAUCGUAAUAUUCUCGUGGACUUCCGAGCAAAUCUGCCUACACGUCUUUCAUGUAUAUAAUGUACUAUAUAUUUAAAGCAGGGAGCGUCGUGUGGACAGGUUGAUGAUGAUCAAGCAUUUCAGAGAAGCAGACGUCGGAAAAUAUUCAGAAUCGUAGCAUAUCCGAUCGGGUAUGCAGACACGUCAGUUAUUUAUAUUACCUUGUCGAUGAUUGUGUACCAUUUCAAGAUUUGGUGCGAGACCUAUAAAUAUUUCCACCGAGGCUUUGUUUGUAAAGGUGGAGAAGUGUACGCACAGGGAUUGAUAUACUGUAUGUAUGAUGUGGUCAUAAUUUAAACAAUGAUGUCAAUGAUCAAAGCCCUUGCUUUGCUUCUCCGUGGUAGCAUCCGAGUAGCUACGCUUGGAUGCUUUUUGUUUUGCUAAAACUUGGCCCGUUUCACUUUCGUCUUCAACUAUAUCAGGAAAUCAAAUCUGGCAGUAGAUAUAUAUAUACAUAUAUAUAUAUGUAUAUAUAUAUAUAUAUAUAUAUAUAUAUAUAUAUAUAUAUUCUCUUUGCAGACGACGUGCUGAUAUUUUUCAUGGUUGUGUACGCGGUGAACUUACUGCGAGUGCUUGUGAAAUGAAAUGAGAUUGUAAAGUUAGUUUUUAUAAGAGCUGGUUCACCGGGCUGUCCGAGAAGCACAGAGGGCAACACAAGAAGAAUGUAAGUGUUUUAAGGGGAAUUUUGCUUUUUUUCAUUUUUUUUUUUUUUAAGGGUUAUUCUUUUCUUCUAAACACCCAGAACUUCCACUGAGUUAAAAUAUAGUCGAGUUAAAAUACGUCUUGACUGGAGACAUAAACAGAAAAUGAUUGGGGUCAACUAAGGCGCCCUUUACACCUGGCAUUAGAAGGCGUCUGUGGUGUCCAUAUCAAGUUCCGAUUGCUAUCCGAUCACAGUCUUCCCCCUUUAUGUUGCCUCUCCCUGUUGUUGUUGUUGGGGGCCAAACGUUCUACUACCAGAGCGAAAGUUUGAUUGACGGCAAAUAUCUGCAUAGCCGCAAUAAUCUGCAUUUUAUUACUUUGGCGAUUUGGCUCAAGCUUGUGUAUUAUACGCUGUAUUUUUAGUUGAAUUUAGGUAGCAUUAGCUCUUGGGCGUUUUGUCCCUUUUUCUUUUUCUUUUUUUUAGAACACAACAAACUUAUUUCAAUCAACUAGUUCUCGUUUUUUUUGUCUCCUCAGAGACGCAACCAAUUUAAAACAUUAUACAUAGAUUACUGAGGCUAUGCAGAUGUUUCAUUUUUUUGGUGGGUGGGAUGCAUCCAUAAUGUAGUUGGACUGGAUGCUUUAAAUUUACCACACAGCAAGUUUCAUUUGAUUGGCUGUUAACAACUCUAAUUUUCAUUUUUCAUUUUAAAGCCGAAACCUAUGACGUGGUAUCAGUGCCUCUCGUCUUUUAAGAGCACCGUUUCUUUCCCUCCCUCCUGCCAAAAUCCUACAGUAUGCCCUAGUUUUUUUCCCCCCUGAAUUUCUACACUAUUAAAGUGAACUCUAUUUUUUUUGCCAACAAUAUCUACAGGCAAUAAAAAAAAGAAUGUCAGACAAAUGUUGGAACUAAUUUAAUUUGCACUUUAUGAGAAAUCCGUUGCCCUUUCGUUCGACUUUUUAGCAUCAUGGUUUAUAAUUGCUCUAAAUGUUUGUUUUAAUGCUUCCCAUUAAAGUGAAAUUUGACAGUAAAGCACAAGGAAUUGGUUUUUAGUUUUAAAAAUAAACAGAGCUAUACAUAGGUUUCUUCAUAUAGAGCAGGAGUACGCAUAAGCAGAGGAUUUUACAGGCAGAUCGUCGAGAGAAGUGUCUUUAUUGAUACGAAUGGUUCAUUCUCAGCGCUUCAGAAUCUUUGAAUCAGUUCUCGUUCAGCGGGCGGCAACAAACCGGCGAAGACUUCGACGAUUUAUCGACGCGUAAUUUCUCAAACGACGACUGUCGGCUGGGACUUCAGCACGUCAGUUUUAUAUCGGAAGUAAAACAUGGAAGAACGUUUGGUUUAACAUCUCCAACUUUCUGAAGAUUCUAGAAUUAAAAUUUUUUUUUUGUUUUUUAUUUAUUUUAUUUUUUUAUUAAAUAUUGGGGUUCAUUGAAAUCGGCUCCAGAAUAAAAGCACUGUUGGUUUGACUGCAGUUCUUGCAAAAAUUUAUAAAAGCAAUAUUUGCCAAUUUGUGAUAUUAUUAGGUGGAAAAUUUGUAUUUGUACUGGCAAUAUCGUGACAUCGCAGACUCCACUUCUUCUUCGUUUUUUUUCUUUUUGAAUUGAAGUUUUUAAAUGUAAAUUUAAAUUUGCAACUGUACAGCUGACGUCUCAGGAAGUGGAAAAUAAGUUGGGUUCAUUCGUUGGGACUGAAAAUGUUGACAUUUCCCCCCCGCGCGGGUCAAAGACGAUUCUGUUGUCCAUAACUCACACGUUAGACUUUACAACGAUUAAAUAACUGUUUUUGUGAUUCAUUGAAAGCACAGUUAAAAAAAUACUUUACCUAUCGAUGUGCUAUUGGUUUGUUUUAUGAGUCUGUCAUGUGUUCUGUACGUGUUGAUGUUUUUGUAGUGUGUUAUCAAAUUUCUAUAUUUUUGCAAUAAAACCUUGUCA